CAACAAAAUAACUCACACGAACUGACAGUAAGUUGACUCACUGUACAAGACCUCUCACCUUCACUUCACUCUACUGCAGGGUGGGAGAUGCAACAAUGUCCUUGAGAACAGCAGGAAGUGUGUUGGUGGUCUUUCUCUGGUCUGUAGCAGGUACCGUCUCAGCUGUUGAGGGUCACAGUUAUUUCCACGUGACUUACACCCAUCAGAGGAUCUGUACCUUGAAGGGGACAUCAGUGGACAUAUCCUGCUCUUAUACUUAUCCCAGUGGUCAUACAGUGUCUGAAACAAACUGGUAUACAAAAGGAAAACUUAAUAAAGCGCCUCAAAUCCUGAGCCCGGGGUAUGGAGGUCGUGUGGAGUACCUUGGAAAUAUGCAGAGUGACUCCAUCCUGAGAAUCACAGACCUGAGAGAGGAGGACUCAGCUGAGUAUAAGAUUAGAUUCAGAACAGAUCAGACAACCUGGGAGCCCACCAUCCCUGGAACAACUCUGACUGUCACAGGUCUGCAGGUGAAGGUGACUCCUGCCACUGUGACAGAGGGACAGAAGGUGACACUGACCUGUAGCACCACCUGUACUCUGAGUGACAACCCCACCUACAUCUGGUACAAGAACGGACAUGUAACCAACCAAUCUACCAGUCUGUUCCUAAACCCAGUCAGCAGUGAGGAUGCAGGCAGAUACUCCUGUUCUGUAGAAGGACAUGAGGAUCUCCCCUCUGAUGAAGAGACUCUCACUGUCACAUAAUGUGAGGGGACCCUCCCACUGAAGAGAACCACUACAGAACCUGAACUUAAGAGAACCACCACAGAACCUGCACUGAAGAAAACCACCACAGAACAUGGACUGAAGGAAAGUACCUCAGAACAUCAACUGAAGAGAACCACCACACAUCCUUGGCUGAAGAGAACCACCACAGAACCUGCACAGAGGAGAACCACCACAGACGCUAGACUGAAGAAAAGUACCUCAGAACAUCAACUGAAGAGAACCACCACAGAUCCUGGACUGAAGAGAACCACCACAGAUCCUGGACUGAAGAGAAUCACCACAGAAGCUGGACUGAAGAGAAUCACCACAGAUCCUGGACUGAAGAGAAUCACCACAGAUCCUGGACUGAAGAGAACCACCACAGAUCCUGGACUAAAGAGUAUCACCACAGAAGCUGGACUGAAGAAAAGUACCUCAGAACAUCAACUGAAGAGAACCACCACAGAUCCUGGACUGAAGAGAACCACCACAGAUCCUGGACUGAAGAGAACCACCACAGAUCCUGGACUAAAGAGUAUCACCACAGAAGCUGGACUGAAGAGAAUCACCACAGAAGCUGGACUGACGAGCUACGGUUCUAAUCCAAAACCAGGUCUCACACCUCUAUUCUCUUGCAACCAUAUCUAGAUGGUUUUCCAGACCAUGAACUUUAGCUUUUGAGUAAAUGCUGGAACCUCUCCUCCCCUCUGGACUCCAGUUGUUUACCUCUCCUCCCAUCAUGACUCCAGUGGUGGACCUCUCCUCCCCUCAGGGCUCCAGUGGUGGACCUCUCCCCCUCUCAGGACCAGUGGUGGACCACUCCUCUCCACCCAUGACUCCAGUGAUGGACCUCUCCUCCUCUCAUGACUCCAGUGAUGGACCUCUCCUCCCCCCAUGACUCCAGUGAUGGACCUCUCCUCCCCUCAGGACUCCAGUGGUGGACCUCUCCCCCUCCCAGGACCAGUGGUGGACCACUCCUCUCCACCCAUGACUCCAGUGAUGGACCUCUCCUCCCCUCAGGGCUCCAGUGGUGGACCUCUCCUCCUCUCAUGACUCCAGUGAUGGACCUCUCCUCCCCCCAUGACUCCAGUGGUGGACCUCUCCUCCCCCCAUGACUCCAGUGGUGGACCUCUCCUCCCCUCAGGACUCCAGUGAUGGAUCUCUCCUCCCCCCAUGACUCCAGUGGUGGACCUCUCCUCCCCUCAGGACUCCAGUGAUGGAUCUCUCCUCCCCUCAUGACUCCAGUGAUGGAUCUCUCCUCCCCUCAUGACUCCAGUGAUGGACCUCUCCUCCCCUCAGGACUCCAGUGGUGGACCUCUCCUCCCCUCAGGACUCCAGUGAUGGACCUCUCCUCCCCUCAUGACUCCAGUGGUGGACCUCUCCUCCCCUCAGGACUCCAUGACAGUAAGUUGACUAACUGUUCAAGACCUCUCCUCUUCACUUCACUCUGUGUGUGUGUGUGUGUGUACGUGUGAGUGUGUGAGAGUGUGAGAGUGUGUGAGUGUGUGAGUGUGUGAGUGUGUGUGUGUGUGUGUACGUGUGUGUAAGUGUAUGUGCGUGUGUGUGCGUGUACGUGUGUGUGUACGUGUGAGUGUGUGAGAGUGUAUGAGUGUGAGUGUGUGAGUGUGUGUGUGUGUGUGUGUGUGUGUGUGUGUGUGUGUGUACGUGUGUGUGUGUGUACGUGUGUGUGUGUGUGUGUGUGUGUACAUGUGUGUGCGUGUGUGUGCGUGUACGUGUGUGUGUGUGUACGGUGCAUGCUAUUUUAAGAGCUCUCAGAUCAACAGAUUGUUGUGGAGCCAUUUUGAAAAUGGCCUAAAGUAAGAGUUUUGAGUGAUUGAAUGAAUGCUUCGUAAGAGCUUUAGGAGUAGUAUAGACACAGUUGUGGUGGACUGUGUUUAGGAGUAGUAUUAACAAGAGUAGGUUUAACAUGAGACAGUGAUGGUGGGUUGUGUUUAGGAGUAGGUUUAACAUGAGACAGUGAUGGUGGGUUGAGUUUAGGAGUAGUAUUAACAUGAGACAGUGAUGGUGGGUUGUGUUUAGGAGUAGGUGUAACAUGAGACGGUGAUGGUGGGUUGUGUUUAGGAUUAGUAUUAACAUGAGACACAGUAAUGGUGGGUUGUGUUUAGGAGUAGUAUUAACAUGAGACACAGUGAUGGUGGGUUAUGUUUAGGAGUAGUGUUAACAUGAGACACAGUGAUGGUGGGUUGUGUUUAGGAGUAGGUGUAACAUGAGACAGUGAUGGUGGGUUGAGUUUAGGAGUAGUAUUAACAUGAGACACAGUGAUGGUGGGUUGUGUUUAGGAGUAGUAUUAACAUGAGACACAGUGAUGGUGGGUUAUGUUUAGGAGUAGCAUUAACAUGAGACAGUGAUGGUGGGUUGUGUUUAGGAGUAGCAUUAACAUGAGACAGUGAUGGUGGUUUGUGUUUAGGAGUAGUAUUAAAAUGAGACACAGUGAUGGUGGGUUGUGUUUAGGAGUAGUAUUAACAUGAGACAGUGAUGGUGGGUUGUGUUUAGGAGUAGUAUUAACAUGAGACACAGUGAUGGUGGCUUGUGUUUAGGAGUAGUAUUAACAUGAGACAGUGAUGGUGGGUUGUGUAUAGUAGUAGUAUUAACAUGAGACACAGUGAUGGUGGGUUGUGUAUAGAAGUAGUAUUAACAUGAGACACAGUGAUGGUGGGUUGUGUAUAGGAGUAGUAUUAACAUGAGACACCGUGAUGGUGGGUUGUGUUUAGGAGUAGGUUUAACAUGAGACAGUGAUGGUGGGUUGAGUUUAGGAGUAGUAUUAACAUGAGACACAGUGAUGGUGGGUUGUGUUUAGGAGUAGCAUUAACAUGAGACAGUGAUGGUGGUUUGUGUUUAGGAGUAGUAUUAAAAUGAGACACAGUGAUGGUGGGUUGUGUUUAGGAGUAGUAUUAACAUGAGACACAGUGAUGGUGGGCUGUGUUUAGGAGUAGUAUUAACAUAGGACACAGUGAUGGUGGGUUGUCUUUAGGAGUAGUAUUAACAUGAGACACAGUGAUGGUGGGUUGUGUUUAGGAGUAGUAUUAACAUGAGACACAGUGAUGGUGGGUUGUGUUUAGGAGUAGUAAUAACAUGAGACACAGUGAUGGUGGGUUGUGUUUAGGAGUAGGUUUAACAUGAGACAGUGAUGGUGGGUUGAGUUUAGGAGUAGUGUUAACAUGAGACACAGUGAUGGUGGGUUGUGUUUAGGAGUAGGUGUAACAUGAGACAGUGAUGUUGGGUUGAGUUUAGGAGUAGUAUUAACAUGAGACACAGUGAUGGUGGGUUGUGUUUAGGAGUAGGUUUAACAUGAGACACAGUGAUGGUGGGCUGUGUUUAGGAGUAGUAUUAACAUGAGACACAGUGAUGGUGGCUUCUGUUUAGGAGUAGUAUUAACAUGAGACACAGUGAUGGUGGGUUGUGUUUAGAAGUAGGUUUAACAUGAGACACAGUGAUGGUGGGUUGAGUUUAGGAGUAGUGUUAACAUGAGACACAGUGAUGGUGGGUUGUGUUUAGGAGUAGUAUUAACAUGAGACACAGUGAUGGUGGGUUGUGUUUAGGAGUAGGUUUAACAUGAGACAGUGAUGGUGGGUUGUGUUUAGGAGUAGCAUUAACAUGAGACAGUGAUGGUGGGUUGUGUUUAGGAGUAGCAUUAACAUGAGACAGUGAUGGUGGGUUGUGUUUAGGAGUAGUAUUAACAUGAGACACAGUGAUGGUGGGUUGUGUUUAGGAGUAGUAUUAGCAUGAGACAGUGAUGGUGGGUUGUGUUUAGGAGUAGUAUUAACAUGAGACACAGUGAUGGUGGCUUGUGUUUAGGAGUAGUAUUAACAUGAGACAGUGAUGGUGGGUUGUGUAUAGUAGUAGUAUUAACAUGAGACACAGUGAUGGUGGGUUGUGUAUAGAAGUAGUAUUAACAUGAGACACAGUGAUGGUGGGUUGUGUAUAGGAGUAGUAUUAACAUGAGACACCGUGAUGGUGGGUUGUGUUUAGGAGUAGGUUUAACAUGAGACAGUGAUGGUGGGUUGAGUUUAGGAGUAGUAUUAACAUGAGACACAGUGAUGGUGGGUUGUGUUUAGGAGUAGUAUUAACAUGACACACAGUGAUGGUGGGCUGUGUUUAGGAGUAGUAUUAACAUAGGACACAGUGAUGGUGGGUUGUCUUUAGGAGUAGUAUUAACAUGAGACACAGUGAUGGUGGGUUGUGUUUAGGAGUAGUAUUAACAUGAGACACAGUGAUGGUGGGUUGUGUUUAGGAGUAGUAAUAACAUGAGACACAGUGAUGGUGGGUUGUGUUUAGGAGUAGGUUUAACAUGAGACAGUGAUGGUGGGUUGAGUUUAGGAGUAGUGUUAACAUGAGACACAGUGAUGGUGGGUUGUGUUUAGGAGUAGGUGUAACAUGAGACAGUGAUGUUGGGUUGAGUUUAGGAGUAGUAUUAACAUGAGACACAGUGAUGGUGGGUUGUGUUUAGGAGUAGGUUUAACAUGAGACACAGUGAUGGUGGGCUGUGUUUAGGAGUAGUAUUAACAUGAGACACAGUGAUGGUGGCUUGUGUUUAGGAGUAGUAUUAACAUGAGACACAGUGAUGGUGGGUUGUGUUUAGAAGUAGGUUUAACAUGAGACACAGUGAUGGUGGGUUGAGUUUAGGAGUAGUGUUAACAUGAGACACAGUGAUGGUGGGUUGUGUUUAGGAGUAGUAUUAACAUGAGACACAGUGAUGGUGGGUUGUGUUUAGGAGUGGGUUUAACAUGAGACAGUGAUGGUGGGUUGUGUUUAGGAGUAGAAUUAACAUGAGACAGUGAUGGUGGGUUGUGUUUAGGAGUAGUAUUAACAUGACACAGUGAUGGUGGUUGUGUAUAGGAGUAGUAUUAACAUGAAACACAGUGACGGUGGGUUGUGUUUAGGAGUAGUAUUAACAUGAGACAGUGAUGGUGGUUGUGUAUAGGAGUAGUAUUAACAUGAAACACAGUGACGGUGGGUUGUGUUUAGGAGUAGUAUUAACAUGAGACAGUGAUGGUGGGUUGUGUAUAGGAGUAGUAUUAACAUGAGACAUUUACAUUUACAUUUAAGUCAUUUAGCAGACGCUCUUAUCCAGAGCGACUUACAAAUUGGUGAAUUCACCUUCUGACAUCCAGUGGAACAGCCACUUUACAA